AUGAGUCUUAUUGAAAAAAUUUUAAAUGAAAAUUCUCAUGUUCAUAUUCAUGAUGAUAAACGUAUUUAUGUUGAAGAUACAGUUCGAUCAUUACUUAAUGAUGGACGAAAAAUGUUACACGUUGUUGCAGAUUUUGAUUUUACAUUAACAGUUUAUGAAAAAAAUGGAGUUAUUUUACCAUCAACAUUUGGUGUCAUUGAAUCCAAUGCACAAGUUAAACUACCUGAUGGUUCACUACUUGCUAUUAAAGCUGAAGCAUUACGAUUAAAAUAUCAUCCAAUAGAAAUAGACGUUCAUAUGGAUGUGUCAGAAAAAAUACCUUAUAUGAUUGAAUGGUGGCGUAAAGCACAAAAUCUAUUUGUUUUAUCAAAUUUAACAAAAUCUUCAAUACGUGAAUUUGUUCAUCAAGCCAGUAUGGAAUUAAAAAAAGGUGUUCAUGAAUUUAUAACUGAUUUAUUACAUAGUGAAACUCCUAUUUUAAUAUUUUCAGCUGGUUUAGGUGAUGUGAUAGAAUUUUGUCUUGAAAAAGAAAUUCCUGACUUUAAACAUAAUCAUGAAUCAUCACAUAUUGUUUCAAAUUUUAUUAAUUAUGAUAAUGAUGGAAAAAUUCUAUCAUUUAGUGAUAAAUUAAUACAUUCAUUUAAUAAAAAUGAACAUGAAAUAUCUGAUACACCAUAUUUUCAAACAAUACUUACACGUCCAAAUGUUAUUCUUCUAGGUGAUUCAUUAGGUGAUGUUGGAAUGAUUGGUGGUAUGAAAAAUUUAAAACAAAUACUUAAAAUUGGUUAUUUAAAUCAUAGUACACCGGUAAAAUUAGAAGUUUAUAAAAAUGUUUAUGAUAUUGUUGUAUGUGAUGAUCAAACAUUUGAUGUUCCUAAUGCUAUAUUAAAGGCUAUUCCGGAAUAA